CACUGAGUGCAGCUGAGAUGCAAUGGUGAUACAGGGCCAAGCAAGAUGCUGACCCAGAGAGAAGAGCAAUGUACCUGCAGAAAGAAAGAGAGAAGUGGAAGCAAGACAAGGCAUCAGGAAGAAAGAAAGGAAUAUCAGAUAUGACAGAGAGAGAGAAGCGGGCUCAGAGAAAAAAGUGGAGGGAGAGAAAGAGAGAGGCAAAAGCCAGGGAGAAAGCCAGAGCAGCAAUACCACCCGAUACCACCGGUGAUCCUACUCCUGAUACUGCAACAGACACCUCACCCCCAACUAAUACUCAUGCUUCACCUGAACAUUCCAGGCAAAGAAAGUUGGGGAACUGGCAGAGAAGCCGCAAUAAAAAAAGGCUGGAAAGAGAAAUUGAAAAGCUUAAAGCCCUCCUAAAAAAAGAAAAGUCAAAAAAGGAGAAAUACCGAAAGAGAUGGCAACGAAGCCAGUCCAAACCACAUCAGUCCCCUCUGGCAAAACUGAAUCAUAAUAGCUAUAAUAGCUAUAAUAGCUAA